AAAUAAAGAAAAUUUUUAUUUUCAUUUUAAAAGAAAAAAAGAAGAAAUUCUCUUUCUCAUUCGCUCUUUCCAUCCACAUGUGGAUGUGACCGUACUGCAAGCACACAACACAAAGCCCUUUGUUUCCCUACAAUUAUGGAGUUUUUUAAUCCAACACACCCGCCUCUUCUUGAACCCGCCCGAGAAUCCCUUUCUGGGUUGUCUUCUCCGGAAGUUUUCCGGACUCGGUUUGGCCGGAUGGCGAGUUCCCAGUUACCUGAUAUUGUUGAGGAAAGCGGUGGCGUCAGUGUUAGUGUUAAUGGUGGUAGUUGUGGUGGUGAUGCUGACAAAGUGUAUGUGGCUGUGGGAAAAUCUGUGAAGAAGACUUUGGGUUUGCUUCACUGGAGCUUUAAACGCUUUGGGAGCAGAGAAAUUUGUAUCCUUCAUGUUCACCAGCCAUCACCUUUGAUCCCAACUCUCUUGGGAAAACUACCAGCAAGUCAAGCCAAUGCUGAAGUAGUUUCAGCUCAUAGAAGGCAAGAAAGGGAGCAGACAAAGAAGCUCUUAGAAAUUUACUUGGCCAUUUGCCAUAGAGCUAAGGUUGAAGCUAGUAUCAUCACAACUGAUUGUGACUAUGUUCAAAAUGGAAUAGUACAAUUGCUAAACAGACAUGGCGCUAGGAUGCUUGUUAUGGGUACUGGGCCAGGGAAUUGCAUGAAGGUGAAAAAAGGUUCCAUCAAAGAAAAUUAUGUAGCUAAAAGUGCUCCAUUAUACUGUGCAAUAUGGUUUAUCAACAAACGGAAACAUGUGUGGAUGAGAGAAGCUUCUGAAAGGUCCACUUUUUUACCAUCAUAUGAUCAUGCAAGGGGUGGAAGUAUGGAAACUUUAAGCUCUAAAUCGCUUCAGUAUAGUAAGAAUAUAUUGCCGUUGCAGCCAGAAUACCUUUGUUCUAGUUCUUCUACAGGUAUAACUUGUGCCCAAAUUAGCCAUUGUGCUCAAAGUGAAUCAACCUGUGCAGAAGUGCCAAUGUUGCAUACUAGAUCUCGUUCCACCGAUACACAUUUCCUCCACUCUGUACACAGUUCAUUUAGUCCUAGAAGUAGUAGCUCUGGCACCUCUACUGAAAGAAGUGUGACUUCAGAUUCUGACUCAAAGGUUGAGGAAGUGAGCUUGUAUUGUCAAUUGGAAGAAUUAAGGAUAGAAGCAGAAGCAUCAAGGAAUGAAGCAUUUGAAGAAAUGUUGAAGCGCAAAAAAUUGGAAUUCCAAACUUUGGAAGCCAUCAGCAAGGUCAAAAUCUUUGAUUCUGCCUAUGCAAAUGAAGUUAAACUUAGAAAAGAAGCUGAGAAUGCACUAAGGAAUGCAGUAGAGGAACAAGAAAAACUCUUGGAAGCAAAAGAGGAAGUAACUAAACAGCUACAACAGGCCAUGAGAAGUGUUGCUUUUCUAGACAGUCAUGUACAAGAAGCAAAUUAUAGGCGGGAUGGUGCUGCUGGAGAAUUGGAACUCAUUCAAACAUCCAUUGCAACUCUGCGGCAGGAGAAGCAGACUAUCCGUUGGCAGAAAAUGGAAGCUGCACGUUGGCUUGAGCGAUGGAAAAAUCGAGGACAAGCUGGAGCUCCCAAAUGUAAUGGGUUGCUUGGGUUUGUUGAAGAGUUGCCUGAGUUGGCGGAAUUUUCAGAAUCUGAUUUGCAAACAGCAACAUGCAAUUUCUCUGAGAGCUUCAAGCUUGGGCAGGGAGGAUACGGUUAUGUUUACAAGGGUGAAAUGUUGGGUAGAACUGUUGCUAUAAAGAAGCUGCAUUCAAAUAACAUGCAAGGGCAGUCAGAGUUUCAAAAAGAGGUUCAAGUUCUUGGCAGAUUACAACAUCCUCAUCUUGUGACUUUGCUUGGUGCAUGCCCAGAAGCUUCGUCUCUUGUAUAUGAGUACAUGCCCAAUGGGAGCCUCCAUGACUCUCUCUUCAGGAGAAGCAACAUUUCUCCCUUGACAUGGAAAGUCCGAGUACGAAUUAUAGCUGAAAUCUCUAGUGCACUUUGCUUCUUGCACUCGUCUAAACCUGAAAAGAUUGUCCAUGGUGAUCUGAAACCACAAAAUAUCCUACUUGAUUCUGAACUUAGCUGCAAAAUAUGUGAGUUUGGAAUUUGCAGAUUGGUAACAGAUGAUACUCUUUCUUGCCCAAGCUUUCGCAGAGGCGCUGAGCCAAAGGGUGCUUUUCCAUAUACGGAUCCAGAGUUCCAAAGAGUGGGAGUGCUGACAACCAAGUCUGAUAUUUAUUCCUUCGGGGUGAUCAUUUUACAGCUACUCACUGGAAGGCCUCCUGUUGGGUUGGUAGGUGAGGUGCGAAGAACAAUGUCAUGCGGUAAAUUAGCCUCGAUUUUGGAUCCUUCUGCUGGAGAAUGGCCGACAUUUGUGUCAAAAAGAUUGGGCGACUUGGGUCUGCAUUUCUGUGAAUUGAGCAGCAGGGAGAGACCUGAGCUGACACCUGCUCUGGUGAGGGAGUUGGAACAGUUGCACAUUACAGAAGAGCGGCCAGUGCCCUCUUUCUUCUUGUGUCCUAUCCUUCAGGAAAUAAUGCAUGAUCCUCAGGUGGCAGCUGAUGGGUUCACCUACGAAGGUGAAGCCUUGCGUGGAUGGUUGGAAAAUGGCCGCGAAACAUCUCCCAUGACUAAUUUGAAGUUGAGUCACUUGCAUCUUACUCCUAACCAUGCCCUGCGUCUUGCAAUUCAAGACUGGCUUUGCAAAUUUUAAAAUCCCAUGGAUUCAUGCAUUUAUAUUCUAUGUACGUAUUCCAUGUUCUAAUCAUCUGUACAGAUUUGAAUUCUACUAUUCUAGGCCAUUGCUGCUUCAUCUUCUAUUUUGUCUCUGUAUAUAAAUGGAUGACGAGUAGUGAUUUCUGUAACAUUCUGUACAAGGAGUUCAUCAGCUAAAUUCUAUACUAUUUAUUUCACAUGAA